AAAUAACAAAGUUUCAUCAUUGCAAUUACUGUAUAUAUAAAAGUAUACGUAUCCUCAUACAUACAGACAUACAGUAAACCCGCUACACUCUACAGAGAGAGAAAAAGAGUAUUUGAGAAGCUCAUUUCUUCUCUGAUUUUGAUGAGAGAGAGAGAGAGAGAGAGAGCAGUACUGUACAAGUUUCACACAACCAUAGAGAGGGAGAGUGGGGAGUUGAGAAAACACUUUCUGGAUUUUUGAGGGUCAUUCUCCUCUCGAAACAUCAUCGGUGUGAAGUUUUUUGAGGUGGGUUUCCCCCAAAUUUGAUUCAACUCAUCGCUUUUCAUCCAUUUUUCCUCUGCAUUUUUGGGUGUUUUACUUGCUUUUCUAGAUUAUCGCUAUGUUUACUCUUUAAGUUGUUUCUCCUGUGUUCGUUCCACUAAUCUGAUCCUCAUUCACCAUCUUUCUUUGUAUAUGAUUUAUUUUAAGUCAUAGAUUUUUCAACUUCUGUAGCUUGAUUGAUGCAUCCAUGUAUGUUUGAUGAUUGUGGCUCAUUUGGGGAAGAACUGAAAAAGUUCUGAGGUUAAUCUGUUCAUGAAAUGGUAAUCUUUUGGGUUUUGAGUGAUUCGUGCUUUUGAUAUUGCACGGAUUUUUUGGAUUUUAAUCUUGUUUUUUGCGCAUCUUUCGAUUUUCAUCACAGACAAAGCUUAGAAGUUAGAACCCCUCUUCUUGAUGUUUGACUAUUUUGACUAUUUUCUUGACAUUUUGAUUUGCAGAACUUUGUGGGUCCUUUAUCUGUUUGAUCAUCUAUCUGGUUUUUCUUUACUGUAUUUUGAUCUGUAGUCUUUCUGUUCAUAAUCUGAUGCUACUGUUUAUGCAUAAUGCACAUUGCCGGAACUGGAUAUCAUUCAAAUUCUUGAGGGUGUGCGAACAUGCUGAGGAAGAGAACCAGAUCACACCAGAAAGAUCAACAAAACAUGGGUCAGACACAUCAUCUGAUUCCCGAUUCUUAUUCUAACGAGUCUUGCUAUACAAAUUCCGAUGCUUUCUUGAAACAAAAACACAAAACCAAUUCCUUUUUCACUGUUCCUGGUUUAUUCGUAGGACUAAACCCUAAAAACUCAGAAUCUGAUUCAGUUAGAAGCCCCACUUCCCCUUUGGAUUUCAAAGUUUUUUCAAAACCAAACUUUGGGAAUUUUCCAAUCAGAGCAUCCCCAAAACCAAAUGAAACAACUCAAAAGAGUUGGAAUUGUAACAAAGUAGGUUUAAGCAUUAUAGAAUCUCUUGAAGAUGAGACAAAACCCUCAUCUGGGAAAAUACUCCGAUCAUCAGCUAGUAAGAGCAUUCUUUUUGCACCUCAAAUGAAAAUCUUCAACAACCCGAGUUUGAAAACCAACCCGUUUGACUCGCUAUCCAACUCACUCCCUAAAAAUUAUGCCAUUUUCCCUUCCACCCACAUCAAAACCUCAAAUUCUAAACUGAUUUCAGAAGAAUCAUCUUCAAAGUUUUGGUCACAUUCUUUGGAUUCUUCCAAUCUCGGGUCGAAUUUAACGACCCGCCCGCCCAACUCAAAUACCCGUUUGUCAAACACACAAAACCCCGGAAAAGAUUUAGUGGGAUCCCUUUCAGCAAGUGAGAUUGAGCUCUCUGAGGAUUAUACAUGUGUUAGAAAACAUGGGCCUAACCCUAAAACAACUCAUAUUUUUGGUGACUGUAUUUUAGAACGUCACGAAGACGAAUUUGUCCCUAAAUCUUCUGAAGAAUCUGAUUCUAAACCUUCUCAAGUCAUGACUUCUUACCUCUCUGAUGAUUUCUUGAGCUUUUGUUACUCUUGCAAGAAGAAAUUGGAAGGCGAAGAUAUCUACAUGUACAGAGGUGAGAAAGCAUUUUGCAGUUGGAAUUGCAGAUCAGAGGAGAUUUUGAUUGAGGAAGAGAUGGAGAAGAAGAACAAUGGUGAGGCGAGUUCAUCUUUGCAAAGUGAGAUUAUGCAGAAAGAGGAUAAUUGUGAGGAAAUUUUCGAGACCUCCAUGUUCAUUGCUGCAUAAAUAUAAUAAUGGGGAAAAAAGAAGCUGGUAUUUUUGCAUUUUUGUUAAUCGUCCAAUUUACCACUAUGCCCAUGAACAAUGAAACUUAAUUCUAUGAAGUGAAACCACACACACCACUAUUGAUUACCCGUUCUAUAAGAGCUGUAUGUCUUUGUUUUUUUCUUUAAUGGCAGCCAUGGAUGAUCUUGUUUUAAAAGUGUGUGGUUUUUCUUUAUAUGUGUUUCAUGGAUCAUGGUUUUAGUGGGUGAUUGGGAUGCUACACCAGCUAGUUUUGUGUCUUUAUUUCCUGUGUACUAUUUUGACAUUGAUGAAUAUCUCUAAGGCUUCUUUUACUUGAGUCUUGGUAUGAGAAUGAAAUGGGUAGUAGUUGUAGUACCUCCCUACCCCUACCCCACCCCACCCCCACCUUUCUUGGACUCAUUGUAAGGAGUUGAUGUAUAAGCCUCCAAGAUCAAGUCUUUGAAUGAAUAUAAAUGACCUUUUUACAUUAGCUAUCAAGUCUCCA